AUGACAGCUGUCCCUCCGCCGGCGCCGGGCCGCGAGCUCUCCAGCCCCCCCUCCGACGGCAUCUCUAACCUCCGCUUCUCCAACCACAGCGAUCAUUUGCUUGUCUCUUCAUGGGACAAGACCGUCCGAUUGUACGACGCCAGCGCCAAUGUGCUGCGAGGAGAGUUCAAGCACGGCGGUCCCGUACUCGAUUGCUGCUUCCACGACGACUCUUCCGGCUUCAGCGCCGGCGCCGACAACACUGUUAGAAGGCUCGUUUUCAGCUCUAGUAAGGAAGACAUCCUAGGAAGGCACGAUGCACCAGUGCGGUGCGUUGAGUACUCUUAUGCAGCAGGGCAGUUGAUCACUGGUAGUUGGGAUAAAACACUCAAGUGUUGGGACCCCAGAGGUGCAAGCGGACAGGAGCGUACUCUUGUUGGGACGUACCCACAACCCGAACGUGUUUAUUCUCUUUCUCUUGUCGGAAAUCGGUUGGUGGUUGCAACAGCAGGAAGACACGUCAAUGUCUAUGAUUUGAGAAAUAUGUCCCAGCCUGAGCAACGGAGGGAGUCUUCGUUGAAGUAUCAAACUCGAUGUGUACGCUGUUAUCCUAAUGGAACAGGUUAUGCUCUUAGUUCUGUGGAAGGACGGGUUGCGAUGGAGUUUUUUGAUCUCUCAGAGGCUAGUCAGACCAAAAAAUAUGCAUUCAAGUGUCACAGAAAAUCAGAGGCUGGAAGGGACAUUGUCUAUCCAGUAAAUGCAAUUGCAUUCCACCCCAUCUAUGGCACUUUUGCGACUGGAGGUUGUGAUGGCUAUGUGAAUGUAUGGGAUGGGAACAACAAGAAGAGGCUGUAUCAGUACUCAAAGUACCCUACAAGCAUUGCGGCACUUUCUUUUAGCCGAGAUGGCCGCCUAUUGGCUGUGGCUUCAAGUUAUACAUUUGAAGAGGGAGAUAAACCCCACGAACCAGAUUCCAUCUUUGUUCGAAGUGUAAAUGAGAUAGAGGUCAAGCCAAAGCCAAAAGUGUACCCUAAUCCACCAGCAUAA